AUGGAAUCACGUCAGUUAACAGCACUUGUUGUAGAUGAUGACAUGAUGGUAAGAAUAAUUCAUCGAAAAAUGUUGAACAGUGUUGGAGUGGAAAAUGAAGUGGUGGAAAAUGGCAAAGAAGCUUUGGACAUUCACCGCUCUGGACAAAAUUUUGACCUAAUUCUCAUGGAUAUGGAUAUGCCUAUUAUGAAUGGCAUUGAGGCGACAAAGAAACUUCGGUCAAUGGGGAUUCAUAGCAUGAUUGCUGGUGUAUCAACACGCUCUGUGGAAGCACAAGUACGAGAAUUUAUGGAAGCAGGACUAGAUGACUACCUAGAGAAGCCCUUGACCAUUGCUAAACUUACUUCAAUCAUUCACAAGAUCAACAGUAUUUGA